CAAAAAACCAGUGUGACGCGCGUCUGUUUUUUUGAACCAAAUUGUCAUCUCGAUGUAAAAUAUCGCGCGGUGCGUAUCGCGAGCGAUCGAAUUGCGAUUCGCGAAAUCGUGUGUUUUCGAUAGACACGUGCUGACGUCAAAACAUGGCGUCUCAAUCAGCUGGAUGUUGUGUAGAGUGUGCCUGCGAUGUCCGUCUUUAGAAAACCAACGAAGACUGUCGUUCGUGCGCUUGAAAACUGACGAAGCAAUUCUAUCCAACAUGCCACCGGAUAGGCCGGAUGCGUCAGGUGUCGAAACCGACAUAAAACUGAACUCUUCUCAAGAUUACAAAUUUGGAGAAACAGCCUAUACGAUGAACGACAAGGAGAAAGAAAAUACCAGUGUGCUGGCUGAUGCAAAUUCGACUAAUAAGUAUCAGGGUGAGAUUCCGAGAUGUGAAAAGCCUGUCGAGAGAACUAGUCAACCGGACGACGAGUUAACUUCCCUCAGUUGGCUGCAUCAACAGAACUUACUUAAGGGUUUAGAAAUUUCGAAUCCAUCCAAAGAUAUGAAACACGAAAAUCUACUGAACAACAAUAUAUGCGAGGAUAUGGCGGAUUUUUCGGAAAACACGAAUUCUAUAUCAAGCUUGGACGAUAGUUUCUGUUCAGAGAGUAAUGGGAAGACAAACAUCAUGACGCUAAACGGAAAUGAACAAAACUAUCAGCGUCCCGUCGAGAAGUAUCAAAAAUCAACGCAAAUAUUUGAGGAAUCUAUAAAAAGCUGCAACACCUCACCAAGUAAUCAAACAAAGAUCUCUUUGAGCAACAAUAAUUUGCCAAUGUCUAAUCGCAACAAGCAUCCUACUCACAUACCGUAUGAUCCUCAUUUACACAAAAAUAGUAAACCACCGUAUUCAUUCUCCUGCCUCAUAUUUAUGGCUAUAGAGGAUAGUCCGGUAAAGGCGCUGCCUGUAAAGGAAGUUUACGCAUGGAUUUUGGAUCAUUUCCCGUACUUUAGGAACGCGCCAACCGGAUGGAAAAAUUCUGUCAGACACAAUCUAAGCCUCAACAAGUGCUUUCGGAAAGUAGAAAAAGCUCCGAAUCUAGGCAAAGGAUCCUUGUGGAUGGUGGACGCACAAUAUCGUCCCAAUCUAAUACAGGCAUUGUCUCGAGCGCCUUUUCCACCUCCCACAACCCAAAAUCUAUCCGCGUUGGAAAAAACUCCCAAAAAGUGCGCGAACACACGUCUCCCGGAUCCGGUUCUUUUUCCAUAUCUAUCCAAAAGACUGGCAUCUAGCAAUAUCAACGAUAACACGGAAACCGAGAUAGAUAGCGAUGUUGAUGCGGCAGCUGCAGCUAUGCUUUCUUUCAAACACGGACCUAUCAUUUUAAAUCACAAUAAAGAUCGUAAACGAAAAUUAACGGAAUCCGAAAAAUUGGUGCCUGUAAUUACCAGGAGUUCCAGCGAAGAUCAUACCUACAGUUGUAUCACAUCUAUAAAAUUGGAAAGUAAACAUUCAGGUGAAGAAGAAGUAGCUGCAGAUUUCGACGAACAAAGAAAGAUUGCCGAAGGAGCAGACGCGCUUCUGAACUUGGCCGGUGUUAGUACAACAGCAAAUCAUAAUAGAACGCAUUACAUAACGCAAGAUAUUAAUCCUGCAUCGAAACCAGAAGGUAUUUCAAAACCAAAAAGACGUUCUACCACAAGUGAUUACUCAAGCACUUCCGAGAAGAGGCGUAAAAAAUGGCGGGAAUGGGGAGAGGGAAAUCGAUACCUAAAACAGAUUAGGGGUUAACAAAGUUCUUUUGUUACAAUUUUUUGAGAAACAUUAAGAUAUAAACAAUUGAGAGAGCUUUCCAUUUAUGAGCGCGCAAUGAGAGAAAAUAUUUAAAAACUUCGUCUAUUGUCGUAUCUGGAAACAAAUUUUUUUUUUUAAUAUUUUUUUUCUAGAAACGUCAUCGAUCCAAUCCUUCCUUCAUUUCUAAAUGUGACAAUUUUUAUGCAUAUUGUUUUUUUUUUUUUUUUAAGCGAGUUUUCGAGAUUUCGUCAUUCACGUGGAAUGCGCAUGUAAAUUCCUCCAUAUAAUUUUUAUAGAAGUGCGUAUAUACAUAUAUGUAUAUCUGUAUGUAUAUGUAUAUAUAUAUAUAUAUAUACACAUAUAUAUAUAUACAUAUAUAUAUGUGUAUAGGAAGAAGAGGGUUGUUGGAUGCAUUUUGAAAUGAUUGGUGUGAUUGCUCAGGGUUUACAACAUGCUAUAUGCCAAAAUACAUUCGAUAGCACUAAAACAACAAGCAAUAAUAGAGAUGUAGUCAUUAAAGAGAUACUUUUUAAAAACACGCUGUUGAGGCAAUUGAAUAUAUUUCGUGGAAUAUCAGUGAGAGAAGUUAUUACAUAAAAUAUUGAAGUAAAAUAAUGAUAAUCAUUAUGUAGAACUGUUGUGAAACAAUUAUAUAUAUGAAGUCAUAGAGAGUUUAACGAUAUAGUGUUCUAUGUCAGUUUUUUGUAGAUAUGUAUAGAGACACAUAUAUAUAAUUAAACAUCUGCUAUCUCACGACGUCUGAUCGCGGGAAUGUAAAAAACAAAACUGAUAUUUUUCAAAGUGCAAACAAUUCGGCAAUUUUUUCACCAUCGAGGCCGAAGUUCUCAGCCUGAGAUAAUUCAUUGUUAAUAUAUUUCGUGAAAAAUAUAAGUAUUGUUGUCUACACAACGGACAGUAUAUUUGAUAGAGAGAAGUUGAUAAUUUUAAAACAAUCACAUGCACAUACGUUUCCACGCUCCUAUGUGUAUAUAUGUAUAUAAAAAUGUAUGUAUAUGUGCAUGUACGUGCAUAUAUUAUAUAUAUGAAUA